UCUCCCACAACAAGCAAUUGACACACACAAUCAAUAUUCCUUCGUUCAAUCAAACCCUAACGAAAUCAAUAUAUAUUUUUAAUAACCGAUCAAUAUAUAUAUAUAAUAACAAUAAUAACAAUACAAAGGAAGGAAUUUCAGCCAGCCUUCAUAUCCUCAAAGAUCUCUUCAUCGUUCACCAUCGGACUUUAUGCUUCCUGGAAAGAGAUCAGGUGGAGGAGAGGUAGUAGUGGACGAUUUAUUGAUCAAGAGAACUAAGUUAGACAACUUGAUCUCGUCAGCUGCUGCAACCACUAGUACAAGUACCGGAACUUCUUCAUCUGUUGCAACAAUGGGAGGAAACAAUUCUAAUGGUACCACUAAUGGUAAAAUGCCUAUUGGUGGUGACUCGAACCAAUCUGAUAUUGAUGAGGAUCUCCAUAGCCGACAGCUUGCAGUUUAUGGUCGGGAAACUAUGAGGCGCCUGUUCGCGUCCAACGUUCUAGUAUCUGGGAUGCAAGGCCUUGGUGCUGAAAUCGCAAAGAAUCUUAUUCUUGCUGGUGUGAAGUCUGUGACUUUGCAUGAUGUGGGAAACGUUGAGCUGUGGGAUUUAUCUAGCAAUUUCAUUUUCACUGAGGAUGACCUUGGAAAGAACAGAGCUCUUGCUUCUAUUCAGAAGAUGCAAGAACUGAACAAUUCAGUGGUUAUUUCUACUUUAACAACUGAAUUAACUACAGAGCAGCUGUCUGAGUUUCAGGCUGUAGUUUUCACAGAUAUUAGUUUGGAGAAAGCAAUCGAAUUUGAUAAUUUCUGCCACACACAUGAGCCUCCAAUUGCUUUUAUAAAAUCUGAAGUCCGAGGUCUUUUUGGUAGUGUCUUUUGUGACUUCGGCCCGAACUUCACAGUUUCUGAUGUAGAUGGAGAGGAUCCACACACUGGCAUUAUUGCAUCCAUAAGCAACGAUAACCCUCCACUAGUCACCUGCGUUGAUGAUGAAAGGCUUGAGUUUCAGGAUGGGGACCUAGUUGUAUUCUCUGAAGUUCAUGGGAUGUCUGAACUAAAUGAUGGGAAACCAAGAAGAGUAAUAAAUUCAAAACCAUAUUCUUUUAGCAUUGAAGAAGAUACCACAAAUUUUGGUGCAUAUAAGAAGGGUGGAAUUGUAACUCAGUUAAAACAACCAAAGGUGUUGAACUUCAAGCCAUUGAAUGAAGCACUUAAAGAUCCUGGUGAAUUUCUUCUUAGUGAUUUUUCUAAAUUUGAUCGCCCUCCACUCUUACAUCUGUUAUUUCAAGCAUUGGAUAAGUUUGUCGUAGAGUUGGGAAGAUACCCUGUUGCUGGGUGUGAAGAAGAUGCUCGUAAGUUUGUUUCUGUGGUUACUCGUAUGAAUAAUGAACUGGAGGAUGGAAAACUUGAAGAAAUAGAUGAGAAAAUUGUUCGAAACUUCGCUUUUGGUGCACGGGCAGUGUUGAACCCCAUGGCAGCCAUGUUUGGUGGUAUUGUUGGACAGGAAGUUGUGAAAGCAUGUUCUGCAAAGUUCCAUCCACUACUUCAGUUUUUCUAUUUUGACUCUCUGGAGUCGCUUCCUGUUGAGCCUUUGGAUCCAAAUGACUUGAAGCCAUUGAAUACCCGUUAUGAUGCUCAGAUCUCAGUUUUCGGGGCUAAACUUCAGAAACAGUUAGAGGAAGCUAAAGUUUUUGUUGUGGGAGCUGGUGCACUAGGCUGUGAGUUUUUGAAAAAUUUAGCAUUGAUGGGCGUUUCUUGUGGGAAUGGAGGAAAGCUAACAAUUACUGAUGACGAUGUUAUUGAGAAAAGCAACCUUAGCAGGCAGUUUUUGUUUCGAGAUUGGAACAUUGGUCAAGCUAAGUCAACCGUUGCUGCAACUGCUGCUUCCUUGAUAAACCCUAGUUUUCAUAUUGAAGCACUUCAAAAUCGGGCCAGCCCAGAUUCUGAAAAUGUGUUUGAUGAUACUUUUUGGGAGAAUCUUAGUGUUGUUGUCAACGCUCUUGACAAUGUGAAUGCACGGCUUUAUAUUGAUCAGCGGUGUUUAUAUUUUCAAAAGCCACUUCUAGAGUCGGGAACUUUAGGUGCCAAGUGUAACACACAGAUGGUCAUCCCUCACUUGACAGAGAACUAUGGUGCGUCUAGGGACCCACCUGAGAAACAAGCACCUAUGUGUACAGUGCAUUCAUUCCCACACAACAUUGACCACUGUUUGACUUGGGCUCGAUCAGAGUUUGAAGGAUUGCUUGAGAAGACACCUGCUGAAGCAAAUGCUUAUCUGUCCAAUCCAAGUGAAUAUACUUCUGGCAUGGUCAAAGCUGGUGAUGCUCAGGCUAGGGAUAACUUGGAACGUGUACUUGAAUGCUUAGAAAAGGAGCGAUGCGAAUCAUUUAUGGACUGCAUAUCAUGGGCCCGACUAAAGUUUGAAGACUACUUUGCUAAUCGUGUGAAACAGCUCACCUUCACUUUCCCUGAGGAUGCUAAUAACAGUAGUGGGAUGCCUUUUUGGUCUGCCCCAAAGCGUUUCCCUCGACCUCUGCAGUUCACGGUUGAAGACCAAAGCCACCUUAACUUUGUUAUAGCAGCAUCUGUGCUACGGGCUGAAACAUAUGGUAUUCCAAUUCCUGAGUGGGUCAAGUCUCCUAACAAGUGUGCUGAUGCAGUUAGCAAAGUGACUGUUCCUGAAUUCGAACCCAAGAAGGAUGUAAAGAUUGUAACAGAUGAAAAAGCUACAAGCAUGGCCACUGCAUCCAUUGAUGACUCUGCUGUUAUUGAUGAUUUAAUCAACAAGUUAAAAUUAUGCCACCAGAAGCUGCCUUUAGGUUUCAGGAUGAACCCAAUUCAGUUUGAGAAGGAUGACGACUCUAAUUAUCACAUGGACCUAAUUGCUGGACUUGCCAAUAUGAGAGCUAGAAAUUACAGUAUUCCUGAAGUCGAUAAGCUCAAAGCCAAGUUUAUUGCUGGUAGAAUCAUCCCUGCUAUAGCAACUGCUACUGCCAUGGCCACUGGGUUGGUCUGCCUGGAGCUCUACAAGGUCCUGCAUGGAGGUCACAAGGUGGAAGACUACAGGAACACCUUUGCCAAUCUUGCACUUCCUCUAUUCUCAAUGGCUGAACCCGUUCCACCAAAGGUGAUCAAACACCAGGAUCUGAGCUGGACUGUCUGGGACCGAUGGAUCUUGAGAGAUGACCCCACUUUAAGAGAGCUUCUUCAAUGGCUAAAAAACAAAGGGCUGAAUGCUUAUAGCAUAUCUUUUGGAAGCUGUUUGCUAUAUAAUAGUAUGUUCCCAAGGCAUAAAGAUAGAAUGGACAAAAAAAUGGUGAGUCUCGCAAAAGAAAUUGCUAAAGCUGAUCUUCCGCCAUACAGACGACAUUUUGAUGUGGUAGUGGCUUGUGAGGAUGAGGAAGAUAAUGAUGUUGAUAUUCCCCAGGUCUCGAUAUACUUCAGGACGUGGCCUGAUUUGGUGCGUUGGUGUGGUCGUUAUUUUUGCAUAUUUAUGUCUUGUGUGCUGCCCAAGUAAUUCUACAUGAAUUGAUGUUGAUCACCA